CGGACAGUGACCUAUCCUCAUUUCGGGACUGUCCUCAUGACCCUCCAUAAAAACCACUACUUGUCACCUUCAUAACUACUACUAUAAUGCAUAACUGUUGAAACAGAUGUGAUUAGAAUAUUUCUUCUAACAAAUAUAAGGAACAGCUGUAUAUAUUCGGAGCUCACUGGUCAAGACUGCCUAGGAUGGCGCCGAGUGGCCGCCAGCUGGACUCUGUGUGAAAAUGGAAGGGAUUCUAUUUAAGUGGACCAAUUACUGGAAUGGAUGGCAGCCAAGGUGGUUUGUACUGGACAAGGGUGUUCUGGCAUAUUACAAAUCACAGGAGGAGGUCAAUCAGGGCAGUAAGGGAUCAGUUAAACUCUCAGCGUGUGAAAUCCUUGUCCAUCCAACCGAUACCCUAAGAGUUGAUAUUGUAAUUCCAUAUGAGCAGCACUUUUACCUCAAGGCACCGUCUUCACAUGAACGGCAUGCCUGGCUUGUGGCCCUCGGCAGUGCUAAAGCAGGUAUACCACCAGCAAUACCUCAGCCAAAAGUGGAGAAAGAGCCAGAAGCAGACGAAGUUAAAACCAAAAAGUCUGAACUUCGGCUGACCUGUGACCUCCUCAUGAAGCAAGUGUACAAUGUCAAGACUGCUGCAAAUAACCCUGAUGGACCAGAUCUAGAGAAACUUGAUGAAUCCACGACACUCUUGUCAGCCACAUGUGACACCUUCAUCCAGACACUGGAGGAAUGCAUGAAGCUGUCCAACACAUCCCAAACACCUCAGCUCUCUGGAGAGACCCUGCUUGCCCCCAUCACCCUCAUCAAGGUGUGGCCGAGAGGAAAACCUCCAGCAGUACCACACCAAUCGGGACACGGCAGAAUUCUACAGAAAGGAGAACAGAGUAGUUAACCCAAUGGUCACUGUUUCAAGGUAGUGUAUAAUGUUUUGUAUCAUUAUCCAUUUUUCUGAUGGAAAUUGUCUGUCCUGUUGAGAAGUAUGCAGCUUCCUACUUGAUAUACUACUUAUCUUUUGUAAACUUUAAACUAAAGAUAUGUAAAAUAGUGUACUAUGUAUGCUUAUUUACAAAGAGGUAGGUUACAGUUAAUACUAGAUCAAAUUUUCCCAAGUCUGUAUCAUUGUAUAUCUACAAAAAUGGAUCAAAUGAAAAUGUCACUAAUGGUGGGGGUCUUUUACUAGUCUCAGAUAAUGUAAGGCAGAUUAAGUGUAAGUUCAAGUUCAGAAUUUGUAAUUUGGUAUCAUAUUUAUUACACUAAUGAAAGUAUAUUGAUGCAGUAUUCUGUUUGUAGUUAUAUAGUGUAUAUUUGCUGAGAUAUGUUGAUAAGCCGAUAUUUAUUUAGGGUCGUAAAAUACUGAGCAUGAAUAUAUAUAUAUAUAUAUAUAUAUAUAUAUAUAUAUAUAUAUAUAUAUAUAUAUAUAUAUAUAUAUAUAUAUAUAUAUAUAUAUAUAUAUAUAUAUAUAUACAGUCAUCCCUCAAAUAGUACGGAUUGUCAUGGAAGAAUUUUUUUAGGAUAUUUAAAUUUCCCACUUGUCGCACCAAGUAGCCAUGACGUGAGUGGCAGCACUGUUCUACCAAAACACCUGCUGAAAGCACCCCAAAGCAUUCGAGAUAGGUGUUCAGCUUGCAGAAGAAUUCAGAUUUAGGAGAAGUUACGUUUUGGGAUGAGUUACGUUGCCAUAGGGAGAGCAUACCACGUGAAUGAGAGCAGUGUUCGCUGUAUCUAUGAUCUUGAUCUUGGUCUUGAUGUCACAGGUGGCCUGGGAUUUCUCCCUUGGUCUUGGUUCGGGAGGUAGUUGUCCCUUUCGGUCCCAACUACAGCCUUUGAAACAGCUUACUCCCUCAGGGCCAACACCCUGAAAAUCAUAGGGUAAAAGAAAUUCUUGCUGCAGUAACUGCCAAUGCUUCAAGAGUGCUGCAAGAGUGGAGAUAAAGGUCGUCCUUUUACUAAGCCUCGUCGUUGGUAUGGUAACGGCAUCUCACUCGCAGCAAAAUGGUGACGUUUAACAUGCAUUAUUAGCUGUCCUGGCUGACAAACUCCUUACAACAGAAGAUGAAAAGGAAGCUGCAGUGGAUAUGGUGGCACAGAGAGGUGAAAUGCAAUGGGAACACUUGUAUGUGUUUGCUUGGGCCACCAUAUUUGCUGAUGGCAUCAUCACAGCACGAAGGCGCUCCACCUCUCAAAGCCGGGGGCCAGCAGACGUGUUGAGUUGGCAACUCGUGCUGCCGUGCACACGUUUGAGAGCACUCAGGACGUUCCGAGAGUCCCGAUUCCCUCUUUCAA